AUGGCCGGUGCACGCAACCUGUUCGACGAUAUGUCGGCCGCGCGCGUGCAGUCACCGUCCACCGUGCAGGCCCCUCCGUCUUUCGCGCAGACAAUGCCGACGACCCUGCCAUAUCCUUCGACACAGCAGGCUCCCCAGCCACCUCCCAUUGACACACAGGAGGGCACAACUGCCGGUCCCGGCAGCAUAAACAUCGCGGAGGAGCCGUUGUUCGGUGAGGCCCUCACACAAGCCGCAGCUGCACAAGCUCGAGCCCGCCGGAAGGGGACCGCGAUUCGGCGCCGGAUCUAUGAAUACUUCCAUGAACAUCGCAAAUAUGGACAGGAGCCAUUUGAGAGCGACCGCAGCGAAAUAUCGCUCCAAAAGAGGUGGGGAGCAAUUCAAACGGAAUGCAACAAGUUCCAGGCGGCGUAUGAUCACGCGAAGCGGGUCCCCGUUAGUGGCAUGGGUGUGAAGGACUUGGUGUGGCGAGCUUUGGAAUUCUACAAAGUCAACAAUGGAGAGAAGACCUUUGCCUUCCCUCAUUGUUGGAAGGAACUCCACGGCACCCCCAAGUUCCAGGAGGGGUACGAGGGGUACAUGGCGACCUUGACUGGCAACAAUCCCGCCAAAGAUGCCACUGUCAUUGACCUUGAUGGUGGGCAGCCUUGCGGUAGCUCCGCUUCUCGUGCAAGUCGUCCACGCGGCCACAAGUCAACCAAAGCCGACAUGAAGCGUGAUGCUUCGUCCAUGCUAUUGUACGGCACUUUGAAGGAGAUGCAUGCGGACAGAGAGGUGUCCACGGACAAGAGGGAUGAGAGGAGGCGCCGGGAGAAAGAAGAGGACAGGAAGAAAUUCUUUGAUGUCCAGCAGAAGAAGCUUGAGAUUGAAGAGGUCAAGGCCAAGACCAAAGCUAAAGAACUUGAGCUCAAAGAGAGAGAACUUGAGCUCAUAGCAAUGGCAAGGGCCAAAGAGGUGGAGCUGAAGGCGAAGGAAGUUGAGCUCAAACGCCAAGCCGAGGACAACCUCAUCAUGAACGCCGACUUGACCAACAUGAGCGAGGCAAAGAGAGCUUGGUUCGAGAAGAGACAGAAGGAGAUCCUCGAGCGCCCAAAUUGAGUUAGACAAUCUCAAUUGUAAUUUUUAUAUUUUUCUCAAACUAUGGCACAUUUUAUUUGAU